GCAGAGUUCAAAGCGCUGCUUGUCGUUGGUCUUUACGCAAAGCGCGUUUGUGAAUAGCCGGAACGUAGCGUAUAGAAUUCGUGUGGCUGGCUCGCUCCUGUUUCGGUGGGCCACACGAGGAAGGUAAAUAAAGACAGAACGGUCACCAGCGCAGCUUUUACCCGUCAGGUACCGACAACCAACGGGCUGUUAACCUCAGCUGUCUUUUUAGGGCCUGCUAAACACCAUUACUCUCGGGAUAAAAGGAGAAAGAGAGGAGAAGAGAGGUGACAACAUUGCCUGUGCAGAUAUCUCAAGGUGUUCGUUUGAUCCAGCUUGACGGUGUGUUGCCAUGGCGAUGCGGGAGUUAGUGGAGGCAGAAUGUGGGGGAGCCAAUCCCCUCAUGAAACUGACUGGUCACAUGACCCAAGAGGGAGGGGCUUGGAGACACCGAUCAACACCCACUAUUCCUCCUACUCCAAUUGAAAUAGCCACUGAAGAGGAGCUGGUCAGUGAGUUUCUACAGGCCCCACAACGUCCUCCUCACAGUUUUGAUAUGGGUCAGCUGCUGGAGGAAAUGCAGCAGAUAGAUCAGCAGAGCUACAGACAGGCUCCACAGAGGGCUCCUGACGUGGCUGCCUUGGCGCUGUCUGGCGAUUGGGCGGCAGAGUUCCUGUCUAGUGCUGACUCCACCUCUUCUUCUGGACAAGCUGGUCUGGAUCCAGCUGAUGCUGAUUGGACCAGAGAAUUCAUCAAUGAAGUGGCAGACCCUGGCCGCUGGGCAGAGGAGUACCUGGAGCAAUCAGAGGAGAAGUUAUGGCUAGGAGAUUUGGGAGAAAGAGAACAGGACAAAGAAUGGACGCAAGAAUACCAGUCAGGUGAAGAACUACGGCAAACAGCAAAUGAACUCCUUGCCAAAGUGGAUGACCCUAAGCUACAGAACACAGAGUUCCUGCGGUUCAUUAGGCAGAUUGGCGAGGGCAGUGUGACUGUGGAGGACAGAGCAGGAAAAGAGAACACUGAUAGAGCACAGGCCAAGGAGGCACAGCACUGGGCCUCCAGCAUUAACCAGUUCCUGGAAUCAGGGAAAGGGACUGUGCAAGUGGAAACGCAAGAAGGCAAAGAGAUGAAUGACAAAAUGAAAGCUAAACAGGCAGAGCAGUGGGCUACUAUCGCCAGGCAGGUUUCGGCAGAAUCUGCAGAAUCUUGGGUAGAUGAGUUCGCCGCUUACGGGCCAGACUUCCAGCAGGCCAAAGCAGCGGUUGAGAGUGAUGUUGAUUUCUGGGAGAAACUCCAGCAGGAGUGGGAGGAAAUGGCGAAGAGGGAUGCUGAAGCUCACCCUUGGCUCUCAGACUUCGAUCAGAUGCUCAGCAGCUCUUACGACAAGGGGUAUCAGUUUGAAGAAGACAACCCCUACCUGUCCCACGAUGAUCCGUUUGCUGAGGGCGUGAAGAGGAUGGAGGCGGGGGACAUUCCUGGAGCCGUACGUCUCUUUGAGAGCGCAGUUCAGAGAAAGCCAGACAACCAGCUGGCAUGGCAAUAUCUGGGCACCUGCCAGGCAGAGAACGAGCAAGAGUUUGCUGCUAUCAGCGCCCUCCGCAGAUGUAUUGAGCUGCAAAAGGACAAUCUGACUGCUCUCAUGGCUCUAGCUGUGAGCUUCACCAAUGAGUCACUGCACAGACAGGCCUGUGAGACGCUUCGUGAUUGGUUGAGGCACAACCCUAAAUACCGGCAUAUCCUCGAGCAGCAUGAACGAGAGAAGGAGCGGGAGGGUGUGAGGGAGAGGGAGAAAGAGAGGGAGAGAUUUGGAUCCCUCCUUCCAGAGGCACUGUUUAAUGAAGUGCAGACGUUGUUUUUGAGUGCAGCGGCCGCUGAGCCCACAUGGGUGGACCCUGAGCUGCAGUGUGGUCUGGGCGUUCUCUUCAACCUGAGUGGAGAGUAUGACAAGGCUGUGGACUGUUUCACUGCCGCCCUGUCUGUGACGCCACAGGAUUAUCUGCUGUGGAACAAGUUGGGAGCGACUCUUGCUAACGGGAACCGCUCAGAGGAGGCGGUCGCUGCUUACAGGCGCGCACUGGAGUUACAGCCUGGAUUUGUACGUAGCCGAUAUAACCUUGGCAUCAGCUGUGUCAACCUGGGUGCACACAGGGAGGCAGUAGAGCACUUCCUAGAGGCCCUUUCUCUGCAGCGACAGGCCGCAGGUGAUGGAGAGGGAGGUGCGAGUCGAGGGCCAGGUGCAGCAGUGACUGUGAUGUCAGACAACAUCUGGUCCACAUUACGCAUGGCACUGAGCAUGAUGGGAGAAAGCUCGCUUUAUUCAGCAGCCGACCGGCGAGAUCUGGACACUCUGCUUGCACACUUCUGCCAGAGAGAAGGAGAGACAGAAUGAAGGAUGGAGGAGAUGAAGGAGCGCAGGAAGAUAGAAUGCGAGUGUGGAGAAGCCAGUUUUGGAGAGAAAACAACACGAGUGGAGGUGUACAUUUCAACAGAGGCAUGACUUUUAGAGGUGCUACAAUGUGAGGAAAAUAAAAAGAGAGAACAAAACGACGUUAAUGGACAGACGGAUGAACUGAUGACUGUACUUGAGAAAAAGAUGUUAAAAGGUCCAUGGUACAAACUUGCUACGGUUUUUGUCACAAGUUUAUGCUUACAGAGAUUCUGUUAUAAUUUUUCCAUUUUGUUAAUCUUGAAGAUUACGGUUCUUUCCAUGGUCCUUAUCAAAAUUGCUCUCAUAUUUCUCAAAUGGGGAAAGUAAGGCCCCUGCACUGUGAGCUCAAAAUACUUGCCUCUGUUUGACACAGAGACGAGGUAUGUGGAGAUAUAAUUGUGUUCUACAUCACUUUGGAUCCUGUACAGAGUAACAGAAGUGAUUUGCAAGCCUUAAAGUUAUAUUGGCAACUUCAUUCAUGAGUGACAGAAGGGCUGUAUACUGAAAGACAUGUCUGUAAGCACUAUUUCUUAUUGGAUAUUUGCUUUUGCUGUAAAUUAAUUUGCUUAAUUGUAAAUUCUACAUGCCAUAUUGUGUAUUGAAUCAUAAUGAUUAGUGUUUUGCAUAUAGCCAAUUCAAAUAGCUAUUAUGAUCUAUGUAAUUCAAGCAAUAAAGCUUUGACAAAAAGUGCUUGAUAACUAAUUAAAAAA